AUCACCUGCCCUUCCUAUCCUUGUGAGAAUGGGGGAUGCCGGUUUUCAUUCAUGCUCUCACCGGCAAACCAGAGAAGUGUAUUCUAGAGCUUUCUGUAGGGUAGGGAGAAAUCCAAGUUAGAAGUCAGCCUCUUAUAUUCAAUUUUGAAUUUAUCUGAGUGGUUGAUUUCUGAUGCCAUUCAGCCAUGGAGCAUUUGGAUCGAAAUUCUCGAGUAUGAAUGAAAGCUAGGAACAAAAAUAAAAAAGAAGAGAAACAAAGGGGAGAAGAAAAAAGACAAAGAGAAAGAGAAAAGAUUCGACACUGCUUGUUAGAAAACCUCAGGUCUGUCGGCAAGCUCAUCAACCUUGGCAUUUUCACCCCAUCCCACAAUGGGAUGAAUACUCACGUAUCUAGACGAUCAACUAUUCAGUACAACUUAUUUGCAUAAGCAGACAUGGCUGUUCAGCGACCAGACAGCGGAUACAGUUGGGUCAUCGUGUUAUGUUGUGCCUUCAUACAUUUUGCGAUGUUUGGCCUCUUCAGGUCUGGUGGCGUCAUGUAUGUGGCCAUACUCCAAAAUUAUGACGUCAGUAGAGAAGAAGCGUCCUGGCCCUUCGCCCUAUGUGCAGCUGUUUUUCAGCUUGUGGGUCCUGCUGUUAGUGUUAUAACGCACUACAUCUCCCAGAGGAAAGCUUGUUUACUGGGCUGCGCCAUAGCAACAGUUGGAAUAGCAGCUUGCUAUUUUGCAGACAGCGUAGUGUGGAUAAUGGUGUUUUAUGGCGUUAUACAUGGCCUGGGAUUUGGAUUAGUUGUCACUCUGGUUCCAGUAACUCUCAAUCAAUACUUCGUGAAACACCGAGCCACUGCCAUCGGCAUAGCCUUCUCCGGAGGAACCCUGAGCUCUCUGGUUUUUCCAGCUGUAAUGGAAUGGAUGCUGGAAAAGUAUUCACUAAAUGAAAGCUUCCUACUUCUGAGUGGAGUGGUUAUGAACACAUUGGUUGCAUCGUGCUUUUUGAGGGCUCCGCCAUGGAUGGAAAAAGCUAAAGAAACAAAAGUCAAACUUUUAGAAGAGGGUUCUGAUGCCAAAGAUUCCGGGGUAUCUACUUCUGAUGAUAACCCAACCGAAUCAAAAGAAGCAGCAAUUCCUCCCAUCUAUAAAAUCAUUACGGACAAGAAUUCAGAAAAUAAACGAUCCUCACUUGAGAAAGAUAAUGCAAUAACAGAACAAUCCAAUAAUGUAAAUGAGUCGCUGCAAGACCUUUCUUCUUCUCUAACUGUAGAUAAGUCAAGUGAUAACACAAAUUCAGACACACUGUAUAGUAAUAAUGAUAGUGUCCUAUUUGAUGGCUCAGAUGCAAAAAUUGAGUCAGAUAAAAGCCACGCAACUUGUGACAGUGACUUUAUUAAAAAUGAUCCAGAGGUUAAGAAACCUCUUAUGAGCAAUGAUCAAAUAAAUAUUGCACCUAAGAAAAAUAAAGAAUCGGAUGAAGUCGAUACGCCAAGGAGCAGAGCUUUUCAUUCCAUUUCGAGCAUUCUGAAACAACCUAUGUUUCAUCUCAUCACUUUUACCAUGUGUAUUUAUUUCCUAGGCGUUCAUUCAUUUUUUAUGGUCAUAGUAGACUUUGCAAAAGAUAAAGGAAUUCCUGAAAACAAAGGAAUAUAUAUUAUAUCCGUAUUUUCAAUAACCGAUUUCUUUGGAAGAGCUUGUCUAGGUUGGGUCACAGAUCGAAACUACAUAAGUAGAAAAACCAUGGUUGCUCUCAAUCUUGCUGUAUUAGGUGUAUUAUACCAGAUUUACCCCUUAAUAUACUCUCUGCCAGUAAUUCUAGCAGUAUCUGCUAUUAAUGGUUUGGCUGUUGGAUCUUCCAUUACAUUAUUUUUCGUUCUGCAAGCGGAAUGCUUGGGAAUGAAGAGACUAACGCUGGUCAUAGGUUUGACUAGUUUCAUAAACGGAACCCUCAGUUUACUAAGGCCAGGAAUUAUUGGUUUAUUCCGCGAUAUUAUUGGAUCAUAUAACUGGAUGUUUCAUUUCGUUGGCAUCAUUUCCAUAUUAUUUUCAGUGAUAUGGGUUGUAGAAUCUUGGAGGACCAAAGAACAAAGUGCUAAUCGUGUACAGGAUAAAAAUGCAUGUGAUAUUAAAGAUGGCUGUUGAUUUGUUUAA